UGGUCUUUUUGUGUGUUAUUAGCGCCCUGCACUGAAACAGAGCAGACUUGUUGUGUGUGUGUCUCAGUCAUGUCAAACAACAGCGCAGCCAGCAGCAGCAGCUUAGCUCUCGCUCAGAAGGCCGUGAGGCAGCUUCGACUGGAGGCCAGCGUCCGCAGGAUAAAGGUUUCUCAGGCUGCUGCAGAGCUGAAGACCUUCUGUCUGCAGAAUGCUCACAAAGACCCCCUCCUCACCGGGGUGCCCUCCAGUGAUAACCCGUUCAGACCCCCGAAGUCCUGUGUGCUCCUCUGAGGUUUUAUGAAAAGUCAAGAGCAUGCCAGCAGACGCCUGAUCAGUGGAUUUCUGUCCCGUGAUUCACUCAAGAUACAGACGCAAAGACACUGAGGGUCAGGGGAGCAGCUGAAGAAACAAGCAGACAAUAAAGUACUUAAUGUCUUUAUUUGACAGGAUGUGUUGCUUUCUGCAGGAUUCAGCAGCAGCUUCACACAGCUCUUUCUUACCCCCCUUUAUCUUGUCUGUUCGACCACUUGUUAGCUGCUUCACUUUUUACUGCUUUUGUGAAAUGAUAAAGACUCUCUGUGAGUUGAAAACAACAUGGUGUAUGAGUCCUGUGAGAGUCACAGAGGGAGCAGAUUCCUGAUUGCCUCUGAACGACGCCCACAGCGCAGCUAAAAAUAUUCGAUCCAUGUGUUUUUUUUUCUUCUUUUGCACAUGUUUUUAAUAAACAUCCAAUGUGUGCCACAUGUGAUCAUUUACCACACAGGAACCUUUCUUCUCUCCUCUACCUCCGCUGUUCCUUUCUCAACUGGGAGAAGAAAUUCAGUUUGAUUUUAAUUACUAACAGCUGUUUGGAUUCAGGUCAUUUAUUUUAGAGAAUCUGGAGCGUUCAAACGUCUCUUCUUCUUAUUAUUAUUUAUCCUGUACUCCAAACAUGCACCCGAUUUUAAAACACAAAUAAAUUCUAUGAUGAGAAAGAGGACUAAUGCCACCCAUGACAAAAAAUGUGAGGAGUCAGACGUCAUCAAAGAAAAUCAUUAAUUAAUGACAGAAUGAGGUUCAAGACUUAUGUGGUGUGAGUGUUUGAAAGAGAGAGAGAGAGAGAGAGAGAGAGAGAAACAGAGAGAGAGACAGAGAGACAGAGAGAGACACACAGAGACAGAGAGAGAGAGAGAGAGUAGAUGCACAGGAAGCUGCAUUUGCCUGGUUGGACCUUUGGACCCAUCGGUGCUCCAGAUCUAGCAGGAUAUGAUGGCACCUCAAAGAAAGGACACACACAUACACACACACACACAAACAUUAACUCCGACAAACUUCACUGAUAGUAAAUGUUCUCACUGCAGACUGACGAGAGAAGGAUUCAAACAAUUUGUCCUUCAAUUUCAGAUAAAAUAUCACAGAAAUCCUGUUUUUUGUCGGAAUAAUACGAUUUAAGAGUUUCAUAUUGACAGCACUAACUCUAACAUGUGUCUCUAGUCCGUCUACAAACCCCCCAAUGAUGAGAAAAGUCCAUCCUCUCCGUCUUUU